CAGUACUACCACACCAUGCAGACAAUCAGGUUUUUAGAGCUGAAGUCUCGACAGCUCUUUAACCAGAAGAUCAUCAGAGGUGCCUGCCACUUGUACAAUGGCCAGGAGGCCUGUGCAGUUGGUAUUGAAGCAGCAAUUAACUUAACAGACCACCUGAUCACUGCAUAUCGUACUCAUGGUUUCAAUUACACCAGGGGUGGGUCCCUUCAGGAAAUUAUGGCUGAGCUUGCUGGCCGGAGAGCAGGUAUUUCAAAGGGCAGAGGAGGCUCCAUGCACAUGUACACUAAAACCUUCUAUGGAGGAAAUGGUGUUGUUGGAUCACAGGGUCAGGUUUUUGAAACCUUUAACAUGGCAGCUCUUUGGAAGUUGCCCAUCAUUUUCAUCUGUGAGAACAACAGGUUUGCUAAAGGUACACCAAUGGAGAAAGCUUCUGCAAGCACAGACUUCUACAAGAGAGGAGACUUCAUUCCUGGUCUCAGGGUGGAUGGUAUGGACAUUCUCUGUGUUCGUGAGGCGACCAGGUUUGCAGCUGAUCACUGCCGGUCUGGGAAGGGUCCCAUCAUAUUGGAGCUUCAGACUUACCGUUUUCUUGGACAUUUUGAGGGCGAUCCUCACCUGAGCUAUCGCACACAGGAGGAGGUGGAUAAGGUCCAAAGAGAGAGUGAUCCUAUCUCCAUUCUGAGGGACCACAUGCUCAGCAGCAACAUGACCAGCGUGGAGGAGCUCCAGGAGGUUGAUGAAGGAAUCAACAAAGAUGUUGAAGAAGCAGCAGAGUUUGCCGUUUCAAACCCAGAACCCCCGCUGGAGGACCUGUGUAACCACAUCUACUACAACAAUCCACCCCUGGAGGUGCGUGACAAAAACCCAUGGACCAAGCUGAAGUCUGUUAGCUAA